AACGAUAAACGAAACGUAGUAGUACAUAAUAUAUAUAAAAUAAUUACUUUUUUUGUCUCUUAAUAUUAUAAAAUUAACAACUAGAAUUUAUAAAUAAUAUUUUAUAUUUAUUAUAUAAUAUAAAAAAUAAAAAGUGCUCUAUUUUAAUCAAAUAUUUCUAUUUAAAUACAAAUAUUUUUCGCCUAAACAUCGACGCAAUUGUGUGGAGGGAAAAAAGCGAGAAAUUUCUAGAAAAACACAAAGAAAAGAAAAAAGAAGUGAAAAAGUGCCGAACAAGCAACUGAAGAGAUAUAAUUCUGUGCCUUAAUUAGUUAAUAUCAUAUUCACGUUUAUAUCGAUUAGAACCAAAAACAACAUAACUUUUGUAGCAAAAUUUUAUCAUCGUUAUCCAAAUUCUUUUUUGAGGGACUUGGAACGGAAAAUAUAAGUGACUUCACUUUAUUGAGUGACUUUUUAUAAAAUUGAAACAGAAAAGCAAAAACAACAAAAAGAAAAUGGCCUUCAUGAUGCCCGUGAUGAAAAAUGAGUUCGACAUCUAUAAUGGAAGUCGAACCCGGAAGACAUCAGAGUAUAGUAGUACAAGUGGUGCUGCAGCAAACGGACAACGAUCUCGCAAGGUUUCUGAAUGUAAAUCAGAAUGCCAAACGUCCUCAACCUCACCUUCUUCAAGUCAUCAAAUGCAAAUGAAUCGUUCGGCAUCAUCGCGCACCGCAUUCCCCAGAAAUUCGUCACGCAGCUCCCAAUCGAACAUGUUUGCCACUUCACCAACACGUACAUAUGGCCAAGCAACUAGCCCCCCUAAGACCCAGUCGGGCAGCCAGGGAAGCCUAAAUAAAUUCCAUAAUCGAUUGGUCGAUAAGCUUCGUAAAUCGUUUCGCAAGGACACGGCCAAGCGUUCAUGAGAGUUGUCUCAAGUAUGCUAUGCAAACCAAACUUUCUACGAUAUUGACAAUAACUGCACAACAACAGCGCCAAACCUGGCGGCAGAUGUGGUGGCACCAAUACAUUGCCAGCAGCCCACAUCAGUUCCUAUUGUCCAAUCAACGCAUCAGAUUCUUCAAACUGAUAGCGAUAAUGAAGAGUGUUCGACGCCGCCGGAGCAACCACAGCAGCAGCAGCAGGUAUGUCGCUCUGGCCGUUUUCUAACAAUGAAGCAACGUAUAACGGCAACAUUAUUGAGGCGAAAAUCUAAAAACAAAAAGCAGUGUCUACAAUGCUCCUCGUCGUCAAUCAAGUCUGAUUGUUGUCGUUUACAAUCUUCUAUUGUUGCGGCAAGUAAUGGAGUAGUUAAUUAUGGAGCUACCUCUACGAUGGAAAUAAAUUCUAAUUCGGCAGCACCUGCAGCUGCAGCAAGUGAUAGAAAUAUUGAUGGCAGUCAAAAUAUGGUACUUAUAAAACAGCCUAGUCAUCGCAAAUCAUUUUUACGUCGUCAUAGACUCUCAAAAUCCAGAUUCAGCUCGUUUAGUGCUCCAGGAUAAAGGCGGCAAUGGCUCAAUAAGUUCGUUAUGCAUACAAAUGAAAUUAAUUAAUACACACAAUUGACAUAUCAAACCACGCUUACCAUAAUCAAUCGCAAACGCAACUGUCUUAUAUCGUAAUUGUUUUUUCUUAUUAAACAAAAUUUGGUUUUUCCAAUUCAUACUUCUGGACUGAGAUGCAGUGGGAUUUUUGUUGGAACUAGUGAAUCAGUGGACGGGCAAUCAUACAAACAUAUUUCACAACUUGAAAUUAGUAAUAGAAUUUUAUCUACUGUAAUAAAUAAUUGUUGAGGUUCUAGGUUUUAUCAUGAUUUUUAUUGUAAAUGCUCUAUUGGUAAAACGCAUAAGGUCAAAUCAUAUACGAUCUCAACAUUCCAAAAUUUCUUAAUAUAGUUUUAACUAUCUGCUAAAUUAAUUAAUUUUACAACGAUAUUAGAUUUAAAUCAUGAUACGAAAGCGAAUCUUUGUAUAUAGAAAUAAGCAAGGUGCCUCACGAAUUUAUUGGGCCAUCGAAAUAAUUUAGUUAUGUAGGUCAAAAUCCAAAUAAUAAAGAAAUCGGAUAAAUUUGACACAGCCCGAAUUUAUUCAUGGACAAUAACUGAGUUCCCAAACUUUGUCUGACUUUAAAUUAAAAAAAUAGUAAGAUUUGACAAAGGGUAAGCAAGUGAUUGAAAUAUCGUUAGUUUUUUUAUUUUAUUUAUAACUAAAAUUUGUAUUGUUUUGUUUUAUCUUCAAUUCUUAGACAAUUUUACAUAAAAAAUACACAUACCAUGAUACAUAAAUAAAUAGAUAUAUCAUUUAAUAAAGUUUAAUAUAAGAAUACAAAUAUUUUAUAAAUGCAUUCAUAUACAUACAGACAUAAAUAUUUUGUAUAUAAAACAAUAAAUUUGAAAGAACAUUUUGCUUAAAUAAAUAAUUAUAUUUUUUUUAUUAACAUAAUGAAUGAAAAA